AUGAAGGUUCUGACGUUGCCUCCCGCUAUAGCCACGUUCGUUAUAGUGGUCCUCGGCGAGGUGAUCUUGAGAGCACUUCGCCGCUUCCUCCCGCCCCAGCACCUUCUCUCGCUCUGCUCUUCUAACUCGCACUGCCACCGCCAAGGAGAAAGAGCUGAACGCCUUGAAGGCACAGCCAUCCCGUAUCUGGUGGACGCUGAUUCGCUUCGUCCUCCCGUACACCAUACAGGCAUGCGCGUAUGUGCUGCUGGUGCUCUCAUUCCGCUCCAAGCCCGUUGUCGUUCUGCCAGUGGACGUCGUCUAUCCAUUCGCGCGAGUGAGGUGGAGGCGAGAAUUGCUGUGGCCGCCAACACGGGCGCGUUGGACCUUAGCGACUGCGGCCUGACGGCCAUCCCCUCGGCUGUUCUGCACCUUUCAGAUCUUACCGACCUCUCUCUGGCCGGCAAUCAAAUCGAAUCCAUCCCGCCUGAGAUCGCCAACCUCUCCAAACUGCGCCGGCUGGGCCUGGCAGGCAACAGGCUGCAGCGACUGCCACCUGAAAUCGGCCAUCUGACGCAGCUGGAAGGGCUGUGGCUGCACGGGAACCUACUGAACGAGCUCCCAGACGAGACUGGUCACCUCACAGCGCUGCGGUUCCUAGCGCUCGCAGGCAACCAGUUGACGCGGUUAUCACACACGCUGGGCAGCCUGACGGCGCUGCAGGUGCUGUCCGUCGCUGGUAACCAGCUGGAAGAGUUACCACAAACCAUCGGGUCGCUCGCCUCUCUCAGAGUCCUAGCUGCUUACGGCAACCUUCUCACAGCCCUACCACCCUCCAUCACCCACCUCUCCUCCCUUCAGGAACUCUUUCUUCAGGGCAAUAGGAUUGCCUCCCUCCCACCGCUCUCUCUGCCCUCCCUCCACCAACUCUCUCUCGCCGACAACUGCCUGUCAGCCAUCCCACAAGGCAGGCUAGCGCAGUUGCCGUUUCUUGAAUCGCUCUGGCUCUAUGGCAAUUCCAUCUCUCACCUGCCACCAGACCUUGCAGACUGCUCUCGCCUUGCCAACCUCUGGCUCGAGGGCAAUCCGCUCUCACUAUCUCACACCAUUCUCUCCGACACCUUUCAUCAAAUCAAGACUGUGGGGGUAGACUCGCUGCAGCUUGCACCGUCACAGGGCAAGCAGCCACCUCUCCCAAGCAAUGUGCUUGUCAGUCGGCUGGCAGGGACUGGGGCAGCGCAACGAGACGGUGGCUAUUUCAAGGUGCAGCCAUGGCAGCGCGUAAAUUCUGCGUCAGAGGCAGAGGCCCACCGCUCUAAAGUGCUGGUUGUGGCCUUUGGCAGCGCUCCAGCCGUGCCCAACUGGGCGGGGCUGCUGCGCAAGGUGAAGGGAGACAUGGGUCUCACAGCGGCCAUGGGAGGAACCACCACGCCCUUUGACACACUCUACGUCGUCGAUUCCACGCGCUCCUGGUACACGCACGCUCCCCUCUCCACGCUCACACCAGCAGCAAGCAACGCGAACUUGACACCGCCACCUCCUCCUAUGCUCUCUCAUGUCGGUGCCUUCUCCAUGAACCAAGGUCUACAUCCAUCAGUUUCAACUACCCCAGCUACAUGGCCUUCAGUAUCGGUGCAGUCCCCGGUUCCAACCAAUGCAUCAGUUAGUUCAUCACAAGUUGGUCCUAGUGCUGGUGGCUACACGGAUGGGGCGUACUACCGGAGGGAGAUUGCAGCAGCAGUGGAGGGAUAUGACCGUGUGGUCAUGAUUGGAGAUUCCAUGGGUGCCUCAGCUGCCCUCAUGCUCGACUGGUUGAGCACCUGCCUCAGGUUGAAGUGA